UGAGCUCACAGCGCGCCGGGCGGAAGCGGCAGGGCGGGUGUUUCCGCGGCGGCGGCGGCGGCGAUGGCGGGGAAGGCGGCGGCGGGCGAGCCCCUGGGGCGGACGGCGGAAGAGGCGGCCUGGGCCGAGACGCUGCGCGGGGCCUGCGAGCCUGAGCACCACUGGCGGUACCGCCGGGAGUUCCUGCUGCGCAACGUGGGGGAGCUGCCGGCGGCGGGCAGCGCCCAGCUGCAGCGCCUGGUGUCCCUCUCCAUGGUGUGGGCCAACCACGUCUUCCUGGGAUGCCGGUACCCGCCGCAGGUCAUGGAGAGGGCGCUGGAAAUGGCCGAAGGCAUCCAAGUGACCAACGCGCCUGUCCACACCACGAGAGACGAACUGGUUGCCAAGGUGAAGAAAAGAGGCAUAUCAAGUAGCAAUGAAGGGGUAGAAGAGCCCUGCAAGAGACAAGCUGUUGAGAAAAGAAGAGACUCUAAAGAUGCUGGAAAGGAUGUGAAAACAACCAAGGCAGAAGGAGUGAAAGAAACAGAGAGCACUUUGCCCAAAAAGCAGGAAAAAGGUACUAGCAAAGAUCCAGAAACUUCCCAGUCAGCUUCUAGUACAGAUAAAGAAAUGGUCGUAGUCUCAGACAUAGAAACAGAAGGAAAACCUGCUAAUGCUGAAAGUACUGCUGAGCAAAAGCCACCUUCAUCUGAAAAAGAGCCAGGAAAGAAGCCUUGCUCAAGCCCACAUAAGGAAAGCAAGUGUGAAAAUGUGCCAUCUCCUGAAAAGAAAACUGUAGUACGUGUAGCACCACUGGCUGUCGAGAGCACCCCUCAGGCAGCAGCGGUGGUGGCAGCAGUGCCACCAGCUGCCAAGAGCACCCCACAGGCAGCAGCAGCAGUAGCAGCAGCAGUGCCAUCAGCCUCCAAGAGCACCUCACAGGCAGCAGUGGUGGCAGCAGCAGUGCCACCAGCUGCCAAGAGCAGCCCGCAGGCAGCAGCGGCAGCUGCAGCAGUGCCAGUGACUGCCAAGAGCACCCCGCAGGCAGCAGCGGCGGCAGCAGCAGUGCCACCAACCACCAAGAGCACCCCACAGGCAGCAGUGGCGGCAGCAGUGCCACCAACCACCAAGAGCACCCCCCAAACAAGUUCUGCUUUGCUGUCUUCCAAAACCCAAGCGAGUGCCCCAGCAUCAGUGUCCAAGAACGGUGCUCAGGUGAGCAGCUCACUGCUUCUGGCCCCCAAGAGUGGUCCUCAGGUGGGCACCUCGCUGCUGCUGGCCUCCAAGGGCCCAGCUAAGGUGGGCUCCCCGCUGCUGGCCUCCAAGAGCAGUGCGGAGGUGGCCGCCUCGCUGCUGGCCGCUCGCAGCGGUGCGCAGCCGGGAUCCUCGCUGCUGGCUUCCAAGAGCAGCGCUCAGGUGGCUGCUUCGCUGCUGGCUGCUCGCAGUGGAGCUCAGCAAGGGCCCUCCCGGGCUGGAGCUCAGGCAGGCGCUUCCCUGCUGGCCUCCAAGAGCGGCUCACAAGCAGGCGAAAGCCCCGCGAAGGCUUUGUGCAAACCGCUGACCAGCGAGGAUGCAAAGGAAAGACAGCCUUUUUUCAACAGACUUUACAAAGCUGUAGCCUGGAAACUGGUUGCUGUUGGAGGCUUCAGUCCUAAUGUAAAUCAUGCAGAACUUCUAAAUUCAUCUAUUCAGUCUGUAAAAGCUACGUUAGAUGUUGCUUUUGUUCCCCUGAAGGAACUUGCAGACUUGCCUCAAAAUAAAAGCUCUCUAGAAAAUAUAGUUUGUGAACUGAGGUGCAAGUCUGUCUACUUGGGUACUGGCUGUGGUAAAAGUAUGGAAAAUGCCAAAGCAGUGGCUUCAAGAGAAGCUUUGAAAUUAUUCCUCAAGAAGAAAGUUAUUGUGAAGAUAUGUAAAAGAAAAUACAAAGGUAGUGAAAUUGAAGAUUUGGUGCUUCUGGAUGAAGAGUCAAAACCUUCAAAUUUGCCUCCAGCUUUAAGAAAUCCUCGUGAGAUCUUGUAGGGGAGAAUCACUGUUUGUACUGUGUAUAGUAUUUCAAUACAAGGACUGAAGGUUAAUUUUGUACUUUGAAAAUGUAGGCUUCCAGAUAUUUUGUAUUUCUUUCUCAGUUUUGCAAGACAAUGAUAGUCCUUUCACUUGGUAGCAAUUGUAUAAAACUUGUUAGAGAUGACAAGUGAGCAUUUAAAGGUAUUGCCUUAAUAUACAGCACACUAGUGUGCUGUUGUAUUUGCAAAAUAGUCUACCUAACUCUUCUAUUUUUAAUUAAACUAUUAAGGUACAAUUUGCUGUUUAAAACCUGACGUUUUUGUAAUUCUUACAAUUUGAUGGUAGUGUGCUCAAUUGUCUACCAUAUCUUUUCUAGGCUUGUAGAAGUGUGUACAUAGGGACCAUAAUACUUGAAUAAUUGAAAGUUGUUUAAAAAUUUCAAUCAAAAAGUUGAAUUAUCCGUUUCAGGCUUGUUGCUCAUAAUGUUCACUGUUGCUCAUACUAGGAGAGAAGGUAGUUGGUUGACUAUUUUUAUGGGAUGUUUUCAUAGCACUUGCAAUAUAAGUGACAUCCUGAUCCCAUUUAACAUUACACUAUCAGGUUAGAGCCCAUUUAAUAUCACAUUGGCAAAUUAGCAAUUAGCAGUCGAGUCACAGCUAUUUCAGCCACCAAAACUGUAAGCAGAUUUAAUUUAUAUGGUGAAGUAUCAUUUACAGUUUUGUUUGUUUGUUUGUUUUCCAAAUGAACAUGAAUUUCUACACUAAAUAUAUUUUGACUGCUACUAAAACAAUAAAACCUCUGUGAUAAGCUUU